CCACUGAAUAAGAAAAGACUAUCACCAGAUUUAGAAACUGACAUGGGCUCUGUGUUAUUUCAUAAAAGUCUAAGUCGUACCAACAGCUAUUAUGAAAUACAAUGUACUUCAAGCCAAGAAAAUACCUGGUUAAUGAUUGGAGUUCUUAAUGACCAACAAGUUCAUAUACGAAUUCCACUAAUAUCUAUGAAGACGAAUGAAUUGGCAGUCGAUAUUCUAAAACUGGAAAAAGAUGCCAUUUAUGGAUUUGGUGUUUCUGGGAAUUGGAUAUCAGAGUACAUACCAGAUGAUGAUUGUUGCUACUAUGUUACUAAAAAUGGGAAAUUAUUGAACCAAGAAAAGGCAAAACCAAGUGUCGUUAAUAUAUUAAAAAGAAAUCCUCAGCCAGGAAUGUAUCCUUUCAUUUGUACCAGUGGGGAAAUCAAGCUUUUAAACAUGGAUUUACAUUUUGUGACUGAUGUAAACGAUAACAAUGCUGUCUUGACACCAGGAAUGCUUCAUAACAUGAUUUGUAAUGAUGCUGGCAUUGUUAGGUUUGGACAUUAAAAAAAUAAACUUAAAAAAUUCGGUAAUUAUGUUCAUACUGUUGUUAGAUCAGGAAUCAUGUUAUGCAGUCAAGAAAUAACAAGAAAUCAUAACAUAUUUUCAAUUUGUCUGAAGAAAAAUCCCAAAAACAUCUGCAUGGGUAUAGCACCAGAAACAUAUUGCUUAUAUAAUUAUCCAAACCAGGAAAAAUUUGCCAUUGAACUUAAUUGUGGAGAUGGACAUGCUUACAUUCAAAAUGAGUCUGGUAGGAACACAGCUAGUGAAGUUUAUCAUAGAAAAGCAGAUAUAAAAGAAGGAAAAGUGAUCACUGUCCAAGUUAAAUUUUCUGGACAAGCAGAAUCCAUUCAGAAUGGGGAUGAAGUUGAAGUCAGUUUCUUUCUGGAUGAAAUUCUGAUCUCUACAGUUAAGACAAAAAUCGAAGGCAUUAUGCCUGGCAUUCGCAUUGUUUUCAUGGUUUGGAUGAAAAUAGAAAGUGAAUUUCAAUUAAAGAACUGGCAAGCCCCAUUCAGUGCUCCUAGAAAGUGCAAUGGCAUGUCAUGGAUUGUUCAUCUCAAACACCCCAUUUAACAAAGACUUAACAUACUUUGAAAUGCAAGUAACAGACAGUGCAGCUGUGAUUGGGUUUGCUGAUUUUGAUUAUCCAGUGGACAAUACUCUUGGAAAUAAUCCAAACUCAGUUGGAUACUUUUAUAAUGGAAGAAUUUCAAAAGACUUGAGUUCAGUCAAUUUUGAUGAAGACACAACCCUGACAGCUUUUAAAGCAGGAGACACAGUUGGCUGUGGUCUGAAUGUAGAGAGGGCAAAGUUCAGAGAAAAUGGAUUGCUUGAGAAUGAACAAACUCUUCAAUUUUACUUUACAAAGAACAAUAUCAAAGUGCAAGAAGUUGAUUUUGAAUACAAAUCAAAUGGAAUUUAUCCAGCAGUGAAUGUUUACCCUGGAGGGAAUGGGGUUAUUUUACACAAUUACUUUCAAGAUUCAGAGAAUAAAGCUACCAAAAAGGUAGCAUCAAUACCACCAAAAGAUGUUGCAAACUUUAUAGAAGGUUGCAGAUUUACAUUAGUUGGGCUGGAAGAAAAUGAUGGCAACCUGAAUGAAAAGCUUCAUUUGAUAGAGAAAACUUUAAGUGAAGGAAUUCAGUUUUCAAUCAUAGAAUUGAUAACACAAUACAUCCAUCAGUAUGAAAGUGAACUGAAAUCAAUGGAUUUCCAAAAGCAAGAACUCUAUAGUAAUCUUUGUUGGCAAAAAGAAUGCCUUGAAAGGUUUCUAAAGAAUCUAAGAGUUACUUUAAAGACUGUCAAUCUUUCAUCAGGCAAGGGUCAUGAAGAGCUGUGCAAACAUAUUAUUGAUGUGUGUGAGGCUGACCUAACCUAUCAUAGACAAUUCUAUAGUCUGAGUGAAAAAGUUGCUGAAGGGCUACAUAAGAUUAGAGAAGUUUUGAAGAAAGAAAAUAUUAUGUUUAUAGAUCACCUGUUAAAAGCUGAACCUAAUGCGUUUGGGACCAAUACUCAUAUUUGUGAAGCUGCUGUUAGUUAUCUUAAGAAUAAGGGUCAGAUUUUGUGUUUUACAAUGAAUGAAGCAAAAGUUGCAGUUGAUAGGGAAUUUCUCUUGCAACUAGAAGGAAAAUUCAAGAAUUUGCCAAGUGCAUUGUCAGGCAAACAAGCACAAUGCAUUGGUGAAAAGACAAACAUUUUGAAUAAUUUGACAGACAUUAUUCCAAACACAAAAAAUCUCUCUUUUUCACAAAUGGAGACUAUAAUUAAAGUGUUGUCCAUUAUUGGUAUCAAACGGAUUCCGUGUCUUCGAUCAAGCAGAGAUGACCCAGUUUUUUGCUAUUGUAUGCAGAUUGAUCAACAGGCCUUGCAGCUUUCUGACUUCAUACAAUCAGCUAAUACAAAUGCCACAGAACUUGAAAGGAAAUACCAUUUGCUUCAUACAUCAGCCAAGCACAUGUUUUCAAUAUGUGUAUCAAGAUUUUUGACUUUUUCAAAAGCCAUAGUGAUUGGACAAGAAUGGUGUGUUUUUCAGAAUGGAGAUAUUCAAACAAUAUUUUAUACUAAAGGAGAUCAUGUUUUGAAGGUUAAAUCUCAUUGCUUCCAACCUCAAAAUACUGACAAGCUGAGCCAAGAAUCAAUGCUAGAAAUUCAAGAAAACACUUUCACUCUAUUCUCAAUUUUUGUUGAUGUUAUAGAUGAAAUAAUAAAAAGAAUGGGAAUUAGUUUUGUUUAUAAAGAAUUAAUUCCUUCUAAACUUGUGAAUGGCUCUAUUGGCUGUAUCCACCAAUGGGAACUCUCAGAAGAACAUAGCAGAAAAACAAUUUGUACUUUAUGUGGAAAUUGCUGUGAAAAGGGACUCUACUGUGAAUUUAAUGGGGUCAAAGGAGAUAACCUACACAAGUGUUGUUGUGAGACACAUGUAACUGGAUGUAAACAUUGUGGUGUUUGUAAAAAUUGUGCUGAGAUGACCUGGGCUGUGGAAUCAUAUCUCCGACCUAAUUUAGAGGUAACAAGCUAUGAACAAAUGAAAGCAAUGCCAACAACUCCAUUGCUUCUGUCAGCUUAUGAUGAGGUUGAGUUUACAAAUCUAGGAAGGUCUAAGGCACCACUGUGCCUAAAAAUGGAUAUUGAUAUUAAUAAGCAGAGACAACAAAAGAGAAGGCUUAUUAAAAUAUUCCCAUUCAAAGCCUUUGAAUAUACUUAUAAAAAUCAACUUCAGAAUGAUGUGAGUUAUUGGCAUCAAUCAAAUCAAAUCGACAAAACACUAGGUUUUAAUCGAGGUGAUACUGUUGUGUUCAAGUUUGAAAAAAUUUUGAAAUUUAGAAAAUCAACUUCUGAAAUGGAGAAUCCUAUAACUCCAGCAUACUUUUCCUGUAAGAAUCAAUUUGUGGCUGUGUGUCAUGAAUUUGGAUUAUUAUUACACACCGCAUACCCAGCUAACAGCAUAUAUGGUAGAAAUACUUUUGGUCAGUUUUUAAGUGCCAGACCUUUAACUCCUAAAUGCCCAUCCUUCUCAAUUAGGAUAAUAAACCUGGGUAGCAAGAGCGUAAUUGCCAUAGGCCUUUGCAAUCAGAAUUUUUCUAAAAUUGAUCUACCUGGGCAUACACAAGACUCAUUUGGAUUUCAUGCCGAUGAUGGAUGUAUUUACCUCAAGGAAAAACAAUUCUCGACAAGACACGUAUGUAAGACAGGGGACACUAUGAAGUGUGAGCUUGACUUUAAGAAGAAAUGUAUACAGUUUUACCACAAUGGAGCUAUGAUUUACAGAACAGAAGAACUGAAAGACAUAAACAAUUUACAUGCUAUCAUAGCUUUUGGCUCUUAUUUUGAGGCUGUUCAUCUUUUGGAGAAAGAACCAUGGCAAAUUGAUGGGACUGAAGAGCAAUUAGAUUUUCCACAAGCAUAUGAUGUUAAAAAGUAUGAAAACAUGUGGUUUAGCCCUGCAACCACCGUUGGCCUAUCAAACAGAUUUGAUCAUUAUUGGCUACUGAUCUACAACCCGACAAUGAAAAGUAUCGGAUUCAGGAUGACUCCUCAACUAGAAUCAUCUACAGUGAUUAGCUGUCUGGGAAGUCUUAAGCAUUGUGCCAUAUGCGUACCAGUUGACAAAUACCUGAGUAUGUAUACACAUUAAAACCUUUUUUUUAUUGAAUUGGAUG